UCGAGACAUCGAGUUUGGUACGGUACGGUCCGACCCACAAUUGGUCGAAAAGUUUGACUUCCACAAUUAUAAUUUUCAACAACCUGCUCCUGCGACAAUGACUCCUUUUACCUGAUUCUACCACUCGUUCUAAAAUUGAGACUGCUUCAAAAUUUAAUCUUUUCUUCGCAGCAAGCUCCAAAAUCCAAUCUUUUGCUGGAAUCGAGCUUCAAAAUCCAACCUUGACUUGAUCAAGUCUUCUCCCUUCCUCAGAUCGUCUCUAUCUGUCUCUAUUUAUAUCCAUUCAGUUCAAUCUUCUUUCUCGUCUCAGUUUAUUCAAUUCAGUUGAAGAUUUGUUCGAAUUCUGCUCUCUGAAUCUUGCAGUUUCUGGUUUCCCCUGUUUCUUCAUCAUAACUUGCAGACGGAGUUGAUGGCGUUGCCGUCUUCCGCCUCCCCUGGCCGUUAUUCUCCGCCUUUGUCCGACACCAUGCACUCCUCUCUAGCCCAGGCCAUCCCCAGGGCAUCCGCCGUUGAGACGCCGCAGCACCAGGAGCGCCGGUUGAGCGCUUCGUUACAUGUCCCUACCACCCUCUCCAACCUCCUCCAUCUCCACGUCGGGAGCGCGCACGGCGCUGGCACCGCCGCCGGCGAUCUGCCAACCCCGGCUGCUAUCCGGCCCCACACGCCGGCCUUCUCCCCCAAAGAAGACAUAUCCUCUCUGUUCCAGGAGAUCCACGGCCGCGGCGACUGGAGCGGCCUCCUCCACCCGCUCCACCCCUGGCUCCGCCGCGAGAUCAUCAAGUACGGCGAGCUCGCCCAGGUCACCUACGACGGAUUCGACUUCAACCCCUUCUCCGAGUUCUGCGGCAGCUGCCUCUAUGGCCGCGACCGCCUCCUCGCCAAGGUCGGCCUCGCGCGCACUGGCUACACGGUCACCAAGUACGUCUACGCUAUGUCCCAGAUCGAGCUCCCCCGGUGGCUCGAGCAUUCCCUACACGCCGACGCCUGGAGCACUGACUCCAACUGGAUGGGCUUCGUCGCGGUGAGCGACGACGCCGAGUCCCGCCGCAUCGGCUGCCGCGACAUAGUUGUCGCCUGGCGCGGCACCAAAGCGCCCACCGAGUGGUUCGAGGACAUCCAGGCGACUCUCCGCCCUCUCGGCGACGGCCACGGCGACGCCAAGGUGGAGCGAGGCUUCCUCGACGUCUACACCUCCAAGAGCGAGAGGACGCGCUACAACAAGACGAGCGCGUCGGAGCAGGUCAUGGCGGAGCUCCGCCGCUUGGUGAACCUUUACCUUGAACAGGGCGAGCAAGUGACGCUGACCAUCACCGGCCACAGCCUCGGCGGCGCUCUGGCGCUGCUCAACGCGUACGAGGCCGCGUCGGCGCUGCCCGAGGACGUCCCCGUCAGCGUGAUCUCCUUCGCGGGGCCACAAGUAGGGAACGCGGCGUUCGGGGAGCGGCUGAGGGAGAAGCAAGUGAAGGUGCUGCGGGCUGUAGUGAAGCAGGACUUGGUGCCGCGGUUGCCGGGUAUCCUGUUCAACGAGCGUCUGAAGACGUUAGAAGGGGUGGGGAAGAAGAUGGAGUGGGUGUACGAGCACGUCGGGGUGGAUCUGGGGAAGGACCUGGUGCGGCGGUUGCCGGGGAUCUUGUUCAACGAGCGUCUGAAGACGUUGGAAGGGGUGGUGGGGAAGAAGAUGGAGUGGGUGUACGAGCACGUCGGGAUUGAGCUGGGGCUGGACGUGAAAUCGUCGCCGUUCCUGAAACAUGGCGUCGACGUCGCCGGAUUCCACCACCUGGAGACGUACCUCCACUUGGUAGACGGGUUCGUGAGCCGAGACAGGGGGUUCAGAAGGGAGGCCCGUCGCGACGUGGCGCUGGUGAACAAGGGGAGCGGGAUGCUGCGGGAGGAGCUCCGGAUUCCGCCGAACUGGAGUCAGGCGGCGAACAAGGGCAUGGUGCGCAACUCCUUCGGCCGGUGGGUGAAGCCGGCGAGGGAGGCGGAGGACAUCCCCUCGCCUUACAGAGAGGUUAGCGGAUGCCCUGGCGGAAGAAUUGGGGAGAAGUCGUCUGUACAUUCACUCUGUUGAAGAAUGAUUCAAAAUUAAUAAUUAACGAUUAAUGAGGUGAUAA